AUGUCAAUGUUGAUUCGGCUCACACGUCCUGUGUCGCAGGUCUUUCAGCCCAGCGUGUGGAUAAACACCACCGGGCGGAGGUCGAUCGGAUCCGUCAGUGCCAUUGACUCGAGCAUUUUCCGGACCUUGUUUGGGACAGAAGAGAUUCGCAAGAUCUUCGACGAUGACGCUUAUAUCCGGCGCUGCGUCGACGCAGAAGCCGCUCUAGCUCGGGCACAAUCCCGAUGCAACGUGAUCCCCUCAGAGAUCGGGGCCAUGGUGACACGAAAAGUGCAAGAAUCGACCCUUGAUUUCGAAAGACUGCGUCACGAGACCGAGAUCGUCGGCUAUCCUAUCCUGCCACUGGUGCGUCAGUUAUCCACCAUUUGCGGCGAAGAGGCUGGCAAGUACGUACACUGGGGCGCCACGACACAAGAUAUAAUGGACUUGGCCAGUGUUUUGCAAAUGAAGGAGGGACUGAGCGUUGUGGAGCGAUUACUGAAGGAUGUUAUCGGCACAUUGCGAAAACUCUCGGAGAAGUACAGAGAUACCCCCAUGGCGGGCCGGACACAUCUCCAGCAUGCACUGCCGGUGACAUUUGGGUACAAAUGUGCUGUAUGGCUAUCGGGAUUCCAGCGACAUCUGCAGCGACUGGAACAGCUCAAGGAGAGAACAUUGUUGGUGCAGUUUGGCGGAGCGGCCGGCUCGUUAGCAUCACUGGGAUCAGGCGACGACGGUCUCCGAGUCCGAAAGGCGCUUGCACAAGAGCUUGGACUGAGCAAUCCCUCAAUUACAUGGCACGUUGCUCGCGAUGGUGUGGCGGAGAUUGCCAACUUUCUAGCUUUGAUGGGCGGAUCCAUGGGCAAACUGGCCUUGGACAUUAUCCUUAUGUCCUCGAACGAGUUGAGCGAGGUAGCCGAACCCUUUGUGCCUCAUCGCGGCGCAUCAUCAACCAUGCCGCAGAAACGCAACCCAAUUUCUAGUGAGGUAAUUUUGGCUGCGUCCAAGAUCCUGCGAUCGAAUGCAGGCCUUGUGCUUGAUGGAAUGGUAGCCGAUUUCGAGCGUGCCUCGGGUCCCUGGCAUCUAGAAUGGGUUGCUGUGCCAGAGAGCUUUGUUAUUGCUGUGGGUGCUCUGUCGCAGACGAAUUUUGCACUAUCUGGGCUUUCCGUGAAUAGCAAGCAGAUGAUGGAGAAUCUCCACUCUACAAAGGGACUGAUCGUGGCUGAGGCAGUUAUGAUGGGGAUGGCACCGCAUGUUGGGCGCCAACGGGCUCAUGAUAUUGUCUAUGAGGCAUGUCGAGAGAGUAUUGAGAAAGACCGGACCUUGCUUGAGUGUCUCGUGGAGAAGGAAGAAGUCACGGCGAAGAUGAACAGCGAGAAGUUGAGGGAGUUGUGUGAUCCGGUAAACUACCUGGGAGCUUCCGCGCGGAUGGUGGAUGAUGUACUGGCAAUGGAAUAG